AUGAAGAAUAUCUUUGUAUUGGCCUCUUUUGCAAUCAUUGGCAUUGUCCAUGCCUAUAACAACCAAUGCAAUGACAACAUUGUUGACUAUUGGGGUCAAAACUCGUACGGUGCUGCUAAUGGCAGCGAUGUCUCUGGUUGGCAGCAACCUUUGAAAUUCUACUGUGAUGAUGAUACCGUUGAUGUUCUUCCAAUUGCCUUUUUGACUACCUUCUUUGGCGUGGGUGGAGAGCCUCAGAUCAAUUUGGCCAAUUACUGUAACUCGGUCGAUAAUGCCACUUUCCCUGGAACUGGUUUAGCCGAUUGUCAAGACAUUGCGCCUGAAAUUGCCUACUGUCAAAGUAAGGGUAAAUUGAUCACUCUCUCAUUGGGUGGCGCUACUGGAUCCACAGGCUUCCAAACUGAAGCGCAAGCUACUGCAUUUGCUGACACUUUGUGGAACCUCUUUUUUGGCGGAAGUUCCAAUACUCGUCCUUUUGGUAACGCUAUUUUGGAUGGUGUUGACCUCGAUAUUGAAGGUGGUAGCCCUAGCUAUUAUGUAACCUUCCUUAACAGACUCAACUCUUACUUCUCCAAGGCCAACAAAAAGUAUUAUGUAACUGCUGCUCCUCAAUGUGUUUACCCUGAUGCUAGUCUUCAGACCACAUUGAAUGGCUAUCCAUUCGAUGCCGUCUAUGUUCAGUUCUAUAACAAUCCUUGUGGUCUCCAAAACUACAACUCUGCUUCUCAAUGGAACUUUGGUAUCUGGGAUAUAUGGGCUCGUACCAUCUCUCCCAACAAGAAUGUCAAGGUUUAUAUUGGUGCUCCUGCCAGUGCAUCAGCUGCUGGUGGUGGUUAUGUUUCUGCUAGUACUUUGUCCAACAUUGCUGUUACUACUCGCAACAAUUUCCCUAGUUUUGGUGGUGUCAUGUUCUGGGAUGCUUCUCAGGCUUACAAGAACAACCGCAUUGAUAAGGCCCUGAAGACUGCGCUCAAACCAGGCGAGAAAUGUGAUGGUUCCUUUACUUUUCCUACAUGUACUGCUCCUGCUUUUGUUCCUGGAAACAGCUACUCGGGUGGCACCACCGUAUCGUACAAUUACAUGUGGACUGCUAAAUGGUACGCUACUCAAGCGCCCUCUGGUAAUGUCAAUGGUGAUUGGUCUCCAGUAAGCAGCUGUGCUGGUGGCACUCUUGGUGGAGGUAGCAGCAGCAGCAGCAGCUCUUCUAUUACUACAACAAAGACAAGCACUACAACGACUGCCACUACUACAGUCAGCCAACCCGUAACAUCCACUACUACCGUUACCAUUACCGCUUCUUCAAGCGCUACAAAGACUACUACUACUACUACUACCACUGCUACUGCUACGUCAACCAAUGCUUGUUCAGGCGUCGCUGCUUGGUCAUCUACCGCUACCUAUGUCAAGGGUAACCAGGUUACCUACUCUGGCUCUAUUUGGACGGCUCAGUGGUGGACAUUAGGCGAUACUCCUGGAGGUUCUGCUGGUGUCUGGGUCAAGGGAGCUUCAUGUCCCGCAAGCCUUGCUGCUAGAUCAGUUCAGAAUCCUGUCGGAACAAGUAUCGAUUGCAAGCACAACAGUAGAUGGACCAACACCAGAACCUACAAGACUGGUUCCAAGGUUGUAUUUAAAGGAUCUGUAUACAUUGCCUCCUCAUUAAACUUGAACGCAUCUCCCGAAAGCAAUUCUCUUGUUUGGAAGAAGGAUGUUGUUUGCUCAAACCAACUCACUCGCUAA